GCGAAAAAAAUGUCUACAAGAUCGCAGUCUGCUGAUACAUUAACAUCACGAGGGAAAAUGGCGUCCAUUAUCAAAGACACGGGUGAAAUUUGGAGCCGUCUAUUCGAUCAUCGACCGUUCAUCCAGGGCGAAGUCAGUUUCUUUCUGCGCGAGUUUCAGGACAAGAGGGGCGACCGAGAAGUGGAACGUCUUUUUAAGAUACUCGAAUAUUCCACGGACUUGAAAGAAAGUCAACACGAUCGUACAGAGCAACUUGGGGAUUGUCAUUUACCCAGCUUGAAGGCAAAUGUUGAUGUUGCAUUGAGUAUGUGUGAAAGAGUUCUUCAAAGAGAACAAGAUUUUGAUAGUGACAGAGUACUGCAAGAAAACAGAGAGUUAAGGAAAUUAGAAUGGGAGAAGUUUGUUAAUGAUAUGAGUGAAAAAUGUGAAAAAGUAAAUCAAACUUUUGAAGAGAAAGAGAAUGAAAUAAGAGAAUUUUACAUUGAUUUAGAAAAAAAGUUACAUAUCACACCAUAA